CCCAAAUAUAUAUUUUGCUAAAUAUCAAUCAUUGAUUGCUUCUAUCCAAUAAUUAUCCAAUUCAUUCUCUAUUUCCAUGGUUGAAAAUAGCUUCACUACUGAAUCAAAAAAAUGACAAGCAUCAAAAUAAUAUCUGAAUCAUCUGCUCUUACUUCUAUUCCUUCCUCAUACACCUUCCCUCCAAAUCCUUCCGAUGAAGUCGUAUCAGAAUCCGAUGAAUCACUUCCAAUCAUUGAUUUCGCUCUUCUUACUUCGAAUUCCCCCGAUCAACGGUCCAAAAUCAUUCAUGAGCUUGGCAAAGCCUGUCAGGACUGGGGAUUCUUCUUGGUGAUCAAUCAUGGAGUGGCGGAGAGGUUGAUGAGAAGUAUGAUUGAUGUUUGUAGAGGAUUUUUUGAUCUUUCUGAAGAGGAGAAGGAAGAAUUUAGAGGAAAAAAUGUAUUGGAUCCAAUAAGAUGUGGGACUAGCUUUAAUGCUUCUGUUGAUAAGGUUUUGUUUUGGAAGGAUUUUCUCAAGAUUAUUUCACAUCCUCAGUUUCAUUCUCCUAAUAAACCUGAUGGCUUCAGUGAGACAUCAUUAGAGUACUCCAAAAGAGUUAGAGAAAUAGGAAGAGAAUUGCUAAAAGGGAUAUCAGAGAGCUUAGGAUUGGAAGCAAAUUACAUAGAAAAAGCAGUGAAUUUGGAAGAAGGUCUACAAGUGAUUGCAGCAAACUAUUAUCCACCAUGUCCACAGCCUGAACUUGCAAUGGGAAUGCCACCUCAUUCAGAUCACGGCCUCUUAACAUUUCUGAUACAUAAUGGAAUCAGUGGACUUCAAGUGCAACACAAAGGGGAGUGGGUUAAUGUCAAUGGUUUACAUAAUUCCUUUCUGGUUAACAUUGGAGAUCAUCUUGAGAUUUUGAGCAACGGGAAAUACAAGAGUGUCCUACACCGAGCAGUAGUGAACAAGAAAGCUACAAGAAUAUCCAUAGCCACAGUUCAAGGUCCGUCGCUGGAAACAGUAGUUAGACCAGCACAAAACUUACUAGAAAUUGAGGGGAAAGCAGCAGCAUUUAUUGGCAUAAAAUAUAAAGAAUAUUUGGAACUUCAGCAAAGUAGCAAUCUUGAUGGAAAAACCAACUUGGAUAGAGUUCGAAUUUGAGCAGCUUAUUACCAUACUUUUUUUUUGGCCAAAUGUCGUAAAAGACCAAAUCUUUCAUAAAAGUUCUACAAAAAUUCUGACCUUUUAAUUUUGUCGAUUUUGGCCAAAAACAUAUUAUUUGGUUUCAAUUGUGGACAACUCUCAAUUUGUUUUCAAUUUUGCCUAUGUGGCGCCUACGUGGCAUGCACAUAUAUUGAAAGGUCAGGACUUUUGUGAAACCAAAUAAUCCAUUUUUGGCCAAAAUCGACAAAAUUGAAAGGUCAGGACUUUUGUGAAACCAAAUAAUCAGUUUUUGGUCAAAUCGACAAAAUUGAAAGGUUAAGACUUUUGUGAAAUUUUUGUGAAAGAUUUGACCUUUUUACGACAUUUAGCAUUUUUUUUUAUAAUUAGCUUAUUACCCUACUUUAAUAAGUCGUUUGUAUAGCCAUUAUAAAACAAUGGGUAUUUGUAAAUUGAGGUAAUUAUGUACAAGUAUGAUUUCUUUUAGAUUUUAUAAAUAAUUAUUUUGCACA